GGCGGUGCCCAGACGGCGGUGGCGGCGGGAGCCGCAGGCGGCCGGGCCUCCGUCCCAGCGGCGCCGCGGCCCCCUGCCCGCCGGGUCAUGCCGCCGCCCGCGCCGCCCACCGAGCUGGUGCCGUCGGAGCGCGCCGUGGUGCUGCUGUCGUGCGCGCUCUCCGCGCUGGGCUCCGGGCUGCUGGUGGCCACGCACGCCCUGUGGCCCGACCUGCGCAGCCGGGCACGGCGCCUGCUGCUCUUCCUGUCGCUGGCGGACCUGCUCUCGGCUGCCUCCUACUUCUACGGGGUGCUGCAGGACUUCGCGGGCCCCUCGUGGGACUGCGUGCUGCAGGGCGCGCUCUCCACCUUCGCCAACACCAGCUCCUUCUUCUGGACCGUGGCCAUCGCCCUCUACCUGUACCUCAGCAUCGUCCGCGCGGCGCGCGAGCCUCGGACCGGCCGCCUGCUCUGGGCCUUCCACGUCGUCAGCUGGGGGGUCCCGCUGGCCAUCACCGUGGCAGCUGUCGCUCUAAAGAAGAUUGGCUACGAUGCCUCGGACGUGUCAGUUGGCUGGUGCUGGAUCGACCUGGAGGCAGAGGACCGCAUCCUGUGGAUGCUGCUGACCGGGAAGCUCUGGGAGAUGCUGGCCUAUGUCACGCUGCCCGUCCUCUACCUCCUCAUCAGGAAGCACAUAAACAGGGCGCACGAGGCGCUCUCCGAGUACCGGCCCAUCCUCUCCGAGGCGCACCAGCUUCAGCGCCGCACCUCUGUGGCCGAUAAGAAGCUGAUCCUCAUCCCGCUCAUCUUCAUCUGCCUCCGGGUCUGGAGCACCGUACGAUUCGUCUUGACCCUCUGCGGCUCCCCAGCGGUGCGGUUGCCGGUGCUGGUUGUUCUGCACGUAUGCAGGCCUGCCCUCCCUGGCCCUUUCUGCUCUGGCUCUGGUGCAGGGGUAUUGGGAACACGUUUCAGGGCGGCGCCAAUUGCAUCAUGUUCGUCCUCUGCACCCAGGCCGUCCGAACUCGGCUCUUCUCUGUUUGCUCCUGCUGCUCUUCCCAGCCAUCUACAGAGAGCCCGACUGGCCCCCCCAAGGCUCCUGUACCCUCCAAGACAGGAGACUCUCAGGGAUCCAGACGCACCCCAGAUGAACUUCCAAGCACCUGAGCUUUUCCCUUCCUAGUUCUAUACAGGUGCUGCCUCCCUGGGAACAGGUGGCUCUAUGAGUCCCUGCUGCAGGGAGUGGGGGUGGGCAUCUGCUGGCACUUUAAGCCUUCUGCUUUUGAAGCUCUUGACCCCCCAGUGGGGCAGCAGCCAUGAACUCAGCUUCUUCUACCUCCUAGACCCUCGGGUAGCACAUACCCACUCGCCCCCAUGUCUGGCUGCACUCGGGGGUACUUGUCUGCAGUGAGAUUGCAUGCAGGUUGGCAGUGAGAUUGGCACAUGGUCACUGUUAGGUUGCCCUAGUAGAUGUCCACUGGUCAUCAGCCUCAUGACCACACAGCACUAUUUACAGUUCGAGGGACCCACACCUGGGGGAAAGGUACAAAGAAAUAUGUAUACCUUGCAUCUAUCCUAAAUAAAAUGCUGGGGGUUGCCAGAGAUGCAUCCCCCACUUAGAUGUGACAAAGCAGAUUUUGGGUUUGUCAGGGCAUUGAGAUUUCCUGGAGAGCCUAGCUUUGCUGGUCAGCAAAAGAGCCAUUUCCCUUUAACCAGGUUGAAGGUUUCCAGGUGACUACCAUGACUCUAGCACAAUCACUCUGGACAGCUGGUGCCCUUGGGGUCUCCCAAAUUCUCUGUAUGGGUUGCCAACCCUUGAUGCAGAUUGUGCUUGCAUUUUGAGCCCAGAAUCCAUACCCUUGCCUCCAGCGGUCACUUUAAAAUACAGGUUCCCUUCUCCAGUGCAAGAGCUGGAACAGGUACAAGAAGAGGUAUUACGGGGAAUCCCUGUGGGUGCCUGCUGCCUCUCGCAUCUGUUCUCCUGAAGACUGGAAUGGGGAGAACUGGUGAGGGAUCGGCUGAUUCACUUCCUGGCUUGUUUUUUUAUAGGAAAGGUGACCAGAGAGUUGAUGAAUGAUCCACAGACAGAUUCCUCCCUGUUGGUUGGGGGAAGUAACACAGGCAUCUUGGGGUGAUUAUUUACAUUUAAAAGAAAAGGAUUUAAAAUAAGCAUCCACAUCUUUGUAUUCUUGGCUCCUCCACCAACAUUUCCUCUAAUUUCAGAAAACAGUUUCUCUGUUAAGUCACAGAAGCCACUGGCAAAGAUGGCAGGUGUCCGCGUCACCGCAGGAGGCAUGGGGAGAAGUACAACUCUAGCCUAUAGGCGUCCCUCCCUUGGGUUUGGUCAGAACUCUGCAAAACCAAGAUGACCUUCUGAACCUGUAAGACCGUUCUGGAUUAAAGCCAAAGCCUCACCAUACUGCUGAUUCCUAUUUUAUUCUCAGAAGCAAAAUCUGUCAGAGGAAGAGAAUCUGAAGGGAAGAGUCAUUGAUAGAACUAGAUAAAAAAUACUCAUUUUUGGUUUCCCCACCCCCUUUUUUUAAAGGUUUCUUUAUGAAAAUCAGCAGAAGGUGAUCAUCCCUUUAGGACUCCUGGGCUGCCCUACAGAAAGCUACCUGUCAUAGGGCAAUCUCCUAACAGAAAUGGCCAAUAGAAGGGGAAUCCAGGGAUCCCCUAAAGACAAGACGGCAGAUCAUGGGCACAUGGCUUCUAGAAUGGAGCAGAAAUUCAGGAAGUUACUUGCUGCAAGAGAGAAAACGGUUCAGAGCUGAGUUAGCCUGUGGGCCACAGAGGAUGAGAAGAAAGUAGAGCCUGCUCGGAAGAGGGCCCCAGAGUCCUUGGCUUAGACUGCAGCGCCUGGCGGGUGUGGCUUCCACAGGACUGGCGAGACUGGGUGUCCCCAGGCAGGCUGCUGUCAGGAAGGGCCGGCAGAGGGAAGAGGGGCUCAGGAGACUUUGUGGGGCUCCCUCAAGUUCUCAUUCCACUUGUUUGAUGCUGCUGCUGUGCUGUCUGCUUUUGUAACAACCACCUAAAUGUUACCCCUGGAUAUUUCCAUUUCCACUCCCCCUGCUGCCUGCCCGGCUCUGCCGAGGGCCCAGGUGUUCCCAAGAUUGGUGGAGACCAUGUGGGCAGGGGAGGGGUGCUUCCCAGUGCCUUGGCCUGAGGUCAGGGGCCCGGGUGGGGGGUUGGGGAGGCUGUGGCUGGAUCUCUGUGGGGUUCAGAACUCGAAGGUGAUGGGGGCAAAGUCAUAUCUUCGGAGUCCAGGAGGGGCUCCUGCUUUCCGAUCAGAGCAAGAGAGGCUUCCUUUCGAACUUUGCUCGGGCCCCUCCGUGGGUUUCUUUCUCUUCCAUCAGCCUUGCUCAUGUUCCUGCACCUGUGUCCUCCCUUACAGACGUGUAACUCAGCCAGGACAGAUGCUCCGGCCUCAUCCGUGUGUCCUCAGCCCAGAGCCUUCUCUUCUCAGGCACUUUCUGCCUUUCUGUGCUUCUCAGUUGUUUAUGUUUGUUUUGUCUUUUAAUGAAGUAGUAUUUGGCCGGGGCUGAGGGUGCGCACAGAGCGCUUCUUAUGUACACAACGACAAGAAACCUUCUACCAGAAACAUUUUACAAACUUCCUGUCAUGGCAUAAUAACAGUUGUGAGGUCUUUGGGGCCUGUGCAAAACUGUAUCGAAACCCUGAUCAUCUUGGGUUGAAGCCAAAGUCUCCCUAUUUUAACUUAAAUAAAAUAAUUAUUUUUUC